AAGUACUUUAGUAGUUGGAUAUCUGCUAAGGCAAUCCCUCUACUUUGUGUGGUCGUUCUUCCUUGAGAAGAUUUUUUAAAUUAUGUGAACUCCUAGUAGUCGAUAAGCUGUCUUCGAGGAGUUCUGUCUGUUCCUAGAAUGCAUGUUUCCUAGAGGCUCAUCAGGGUUACAUCAAGAUGAUAAGUCGUUCACUUCAAACUAUGUGAAGAUUUUUAUCUCUUUCAAGAUUGGACCUUUCGAAGGGUUGAGCAUUCUUCGGUUCACCUUAUGAUAAUUCAGUUUUCCAAGAUGUAUAACCGAGUAGUCUGCCUUGAGCUUCUAGGAAUGCUUACUGUUUUAUGGCUGGGCGGAGAGGAUGUGUAGCUGCGAAAGUCUUUUGUAGCUUCAAAUGUCCAUUGUAGAACAUGAAUGUGUAGGAAAUUUUCAUACAGAUGUGAAAUCUUGAAAGUCACCACCUGAAGUUCGUCCCAUUAUCACAACCGUUGUGGGGAUAUAGAUACUUCACCUUGGAUGGUGCAAUUAAGAAUUAUAUGCUAGGGCUAGACUACCAGACUAGUUGAAGGAAGUCAUAUGCUCCAUCUGAUUGGAAGCGACAAACCUGACCCUUGCGGCUAAGUGUGUUACCAACUUUCGGUCUCUAAGAAACGUAUUGACAAGAAGACAAGUGGAUGGGGAACUCUAAUCAGGAGAGUCCUCUACAUAUCUAUUCGGCGAAAUAUGGGUAGCUGCUUGGAAGUCCAGGACCGAGGGUGUGUUAUUUACUUGCCAAAAGACUUAUGAAUUCGUAUAUUUUCAACCUGUCUUUUCUCCACCGACCGUGAGUGCAGUUAGUUUUGUUCUCUUUCUCAUGAGGCAUUGCGUGCAGCAAUGGUGGGAAAGGAAUAUCCUGUGUCAGGCAUGAUACACUCUUGUCAAGGAAGCAUUUUUAUCGCUCAAGCAAGCUUGCUUCGGAUAACGACGUAUUGUAUAUAUCUUAUGUCUGGAAAGUGGGCCUGUGGCUGUUCUACUUAAAGUUACAAGGAGCCUUCCACUUUUGGCGAAGUCAGUAGGAGCGCAAAACCUUCUUCGACUCUCCUAUAUCUGGUGACAAAAAGUUGCAAAAUUCAGGUAUGUCAUACCUAGAGGACGAAUGUGUAAACAGGUGUGAGUGCUUUUGGCCAGUGUUUGCUGAAAAUUGGUGUAUAUAGGCCUAUGAGAUAUUUUGUAGACGUAUGUUUCUAUGUCAAGGUUAAGAUCUUUCAGUUGCUCUUGAAACUUGGGAUUCCUUGUGGAAAUAUCAUGAGAGUAAGAACGUGGAGAAGCUGCCUUUACCAGUUGACUGGUAAAGUAAACGAGAUACCUGACGGUAGUAACGGGCAUCCAGCCCCGUUCAUUUAGUUUUGUUUCCGCAGUGAUUGCUUCCUUUUGUAAUUUCGGAAGAUGUUUUGGCUUUGCACACAUGACUACGUUUUUCCUCUUUUAGUUGUAGUUUGCACUUUUCAAAGGGUUUUGCGUACAUCUUGCUUCACAGGAAUGUUUCAGAAAACCUGACGCAGUCGCCAAGCUGCCAUGGGUAGACGUAGUAACAAUCCUGUUCAUUUACACCGGCCAAGUAGCCACAAGUAGACGGUAGCCAACCUCUGUGCGAUUCAAAACCUCCGCUUGUUGAAAAAGCCUUAGCAAACUUUGCUCCAUACUCAGCCGGUCUUUACGCUCUCAUACCAUCCGUAUUACUCUGAUGCACUGCUGUUAGUAGAAGUUAUGUCUAUGAUGUGUCAUUUAUCUUUCUCACGAAUCUUGACCUCGCUACUGAGAUGCAUAACCUGCCUUGAAUUGGCCGUUGUCUCUGGCGUUUGGUUGUUUUCUCUCUUGGCGAUUCUCGAUAAGAUGAAGGUCCGGUGUCGGAGUAAGAUCAGCAAUUUGUUUCCUUUCUUCAAUCGCUGGAAAGUAAAGUAAUAAUCUCGGCAUGUGAUAAUUAAGAUCUUUGUUUAAGAUUAAUUGUUGGAAGCUACCAGCAACUUUUUGAACUCAAGUACAACACGGAGGGCGUUGUUAGAGGAAUCGUGACACUUAUCAGUCAAAGGUAACAGCAAUUUCCCGAAGCUAACAAGACUAUCUCAAGUGAUGAUUGGGGUUAUUUUACUGAGAAUAGUAUGUUUUCUAAGUUAUUCGGAGGACGAAGAGAUCGCACAGCAGGCAACACCGCCAGGUAAGCAGCAGGUUUGAUGGGCCUCGGAGAAUAUAGAGAUGGCAGAGCCAGCCGCACCGACAGGUAAGUAUCCAGAGAAUGAGGAAAGCGAAGCGGACGCUACCCUGAUAAUGAGGAAUGGAAGAUGAAUGCCGGCGGCAUUACUGGAAGGCGGGGAACCCGAUUGUAAAAUGUAAUCCGACCUGAUAACAAGUUCAGGGCCUAUCGUGCACUCUCUUCUGAUCGAUACUCCGCCAACCCUUAACCAUUGUGUUGCAUAGAGCCUUCUGCACGAGGCAUGUAAACCUCCAGUAGAUGUCCGGGCUCCACCACACCCUCGUGCAGGAGUCUUGGCCACUCAUCCAACUUUACUAAAUUCGGAAGGUGCCCUGUCGAUUAGAUGUGUUAGAUUCAGCCGUUCGCACAUCCAUCAUAAUAAUCAGCGCGAUCCGUAUCAUACGUCCAUUUGAUAAU